ACAAGAUGUCAGUGAAGACGAGCACCCAAACAAAUGCAUGGACAUAGACAUACUUCUGUACCAGUUCCAGAAAAGAUGGUGGCCACUGUGCACACCUUGCUCACCUCAAGUAAACAUGUUCAACCUGAUGAGCAACUGCUGCAACUGGGUCUCCAAAAUACAGGAGCCAAUCAGGAAAGUGACCAUUCUUGUGGUUGGUCUUGACAAAGCGGGAAAAACAUCCUCCAUCAGAGGCAUGCUAAGAGUCGCCAAUGUUGUCGAAUCAGGAUCCACACAUGGCUGCAUUAGACAUGAGCUGAGGGUGGAGAAUUACCUGGUCACACUCUUGGAUGUUGGAGGAUCAGCAGAGUCCCGUGGCACCUGGAGGGAGCUCUAUGGAGAGGCUCAUGGCAUCAUCUUUGUUGUGGACUCUGGUGACAGGCAGAGGAUAAAGGAAGUCAGGGAGGUUCUUUCGGACCUGUUGAAGCAGCCGAGGGUAGCAGGAAAACCUCUACUAGUAUUGGCCAACAAACAGGAUAAAAUGAAUGCUUUGCUGGGUAGUGAAUUGAUUGAGAUAUUGUCUUUAGAGAAGUUGGUCAACCAGAGCCGCUCUCUGUGCCAUAUUGAGCCUUGUUCAGCCUUAAUGGACCUGCGGCGCUGGUCAGACAGAAAGACUCUGCGAGGUCUUCGCUGGUUGCUGCGAGCUGUUUGUCUGGAUUAUCCAGAGCUGUGUGCUCGUGUAGCUCAGGACAGCAAAAGGCCUCUGGAGCCAAGAGAGAGGGAGAGGAAUGGAAAAGCAGAGAAAGUGCAAAGAAAAACCAAGGCCGAACGAAUAAGAUCCAGCAAGUCAGAUCUGCGCAAGGUUCAUCGGCCCAAAGACAAGGAGAAAAAACCCAAGAGCGAAGGAAAGCUGCAACCCAUUCGGAAUAUGCUGCAAAAGGACACUUCGCUGAAAAAGAAGCUAAAGACAAAGAAGAAGAAGAAGACAGUUAAGGUGAAGGAAGGUGAAAAAGAUGAGGGACCGCCGAACGAAGAGGAAGAGGACGGUGACGCCAAUGAAGGAGAGCAAGAUAGCUCUGGUCACAGAGACAAAGCCAGCAGUGCUCUGAUCCCUCCAAAAAAGGACAAACUUAAACGCAAAACAAAGGUGAAAGAAGAGACGCUGGAUGUGCCAGAAUCACCAGAGAAUGACGAGAAACCACUGAAAGUUAAAGGAGAAAAGAAGAAGAAGAAGAGAGUUGUGAAAGUGAAAAGAAAAAACAAGAUCAACACAGAGGAGAUGCCAGCAGCUUAUUCGCAGCCCGUGGACCUUUCUGCAACCUUUGAUCUUUACCGGAAAGCAAUACUAGCUCUGAAAGAGCGUCAGGAUCAGGGACAGUGAGAGUGAAUCGUGCGUGUGUCCUGCCGCCUGAGUGUGAGGAUGUGGGUCCACAGCAGACGUACACAACACAUUGCAUCCCUUCACACACACUACUAUUUCUGUAUCUCUUUCCAUAUUGUAGACUUUCAACCUGAUUCCUGAACCUUUGGAGGGAAUUUGCAGACUCCGAAGUGUAGUGAAGGGCAGGUCUGAAGAGUUGUGCUUUGAUAAAAUAAUAUUACAUUGUAAAAAUAAAAUGUGUUAAAUAUAAACUUGUGUACACGGCCAAUGCAUCUAAGAGGAUUUUGUUUAUAUACAUUUUUGCAGUUUUGAAUGAAAAGAAAACUGGAUUUUUAA